AUGGAAAAAUUGGGUCCUAGUCAAGCACUACAAGUUGUACCGAGCUUUCUUACGGACAAUGCUUUAGAAUGGUAUCUAAAUAAUCGUGUCAUCAUUACAACGUGGGAUGAAUUUGUUCAACAUCUUCGAGCUGUAUAUAAAUCACCAGCUGCUGAACAGAUUGCUUCACAAAAACUUCGUAAUCGUAAACAAGAAUUACAUGAACCUGUUACUGCAUAUUAUACUGAUAUUAUACGUCUAUGUAAUAUCAUUGACGAUCGAAUGACUGAUGCAUCUAAACUCGAUCAUCUACAACAAGGUUUAAAACCAGCUUUAACCAAAGAAGUUUUACGUGAAAAGUCAAAAACACCCACUGAAUUUUUAGAAUAUACCCUAGAAGAAGUUCUAAAUCAAUUGGUUAAUGCCAACAAAUCUAAUUAUACUGGACAACAAUUGGAUAAACAAAUACGUGUUCAGGAAUUUACUAAUCAACAGCCGUAUAAUUAUUCAUCAUCAAAUACGUCUUAUCAACCUCGAUAUACGUCACCAUAUUGUUAUCCGACUCCUCGGUCACCAUCGGCUAAUCGUCCUCCUUCGCCCUAUUAUACACGUUAUCCAGCAUCAUGUCCUCCUACUUUUCGUUGCUAUAAUUGUAAUAAAACAGGACAUUAUGCUCGUGAUUGUUGGCAGCCAAAAAAGCAGUAA